UCUGAUAUGGCAACUUGCAGUUUACAUGGGGAAGAUUCGCCUUACUUUGCUGGGUGGGAGGAGUAUCGAAAUAAUCCAUAUGAUGUAAAGCUCAAUCCUUCGGGGGUUAUCCAGAUGGGCCUUGCAGAGAAUACGCUCUCAUUUGGUGUGAUGGAAGACUGGUUGAUAAAACACCCAGAGGCAACAAUUACUUCCGAACAGAGUUUGGGUUUAUUUAAAGACUUGGCACUUUAUCAGGAUUAUCAUGGAUUAUCAGAUUAUAGAAAGGCUAUGGCAAGUUUCAUGGAGGCAAUGAGAGGAAACAGAGUGAAAUUUGAUCCUGACAGGAUAGUAAAUGCUGCUGGAUCAACUGCAGCUAACGAGGUGCUAAUGUUCUGCCUUGCUGAUCCAGGAGAUGUCUUCUUAGUACCGUCUCCUUAUUACCCUGGUUUUGAUAGAGAUCUGAGGUGGCGCACAGGAGUAGAGAUUGAGCCAAUUCAUUGUUACAGCUCAAACAACUUCCAAAUCACCAAAUCUGCAGUGGAAUCAGCAUUCAAGAGAGCCAAAGAUCAAAAGAAGCAGGUGAAAGGAAUUCUCAUAACAAAUCCAUGCAACCCAUUGGGCACAAUAUCAAGCGCUGACACAUUGAAGAUGCUGCUUGCUUUUGCAAAUAAGAAGAAAAUACAUUUAGUUUGCGAUGAGAUUUACUCAGGCUCAGUCUUCUCUUCUCCAGAGUUUCACAGCAUUGCAGAGAUUGUGGCCCAAGAAAAUUACUCCCCAGAUAAUGUGCACAUUGUGUAUAGCUUAUCAAAGGACAUGGGUCUUCCAGGCUUCAGAGUUGGGACAAUUUAUUCCUAUAACGAUACAGUAGUCAUGGCGGCUAGAAGAAUGUCAAGUUUCACCAUGAUUUCAACUAAGACUCAGCAUUUAUUGUCCACUAUGCUUUCAGAUCCGGAAUUCGUUAAUUAUUAUAUAGCUGAGAAUAAGAAGAGAUUAGAAGAAAGGCAUAGAUUGAUUGUUUCAGGAUUUGAGCAAGCUGGCAUUAAACAAUUGGAAGGGAAUGCAGGCCUUUUCUGUUGGGUAAACAUGAGUCAUCUCCUUCCAUCAAAUGACAUAGAGGGGGAGCUGAAACUAUGGAAGGGUAUUUUAUACAAGGCCAAACUGAAUAUAUCUCCCGGGUCUUCAUUCAAGUGCAUGGAGCCUGGCUGGUUUCGAGUCUGCUUUUCUGAAAUGACUAUAUCCACCAUGAAAGUUGCAUUGGAGAGACUUCAGAGAUUUGUCAAGCAAAACAAAGUCAUGACGCAUUAACCUUUUGCUAAUUGCUAUU